CGCACCGGCCGCCUCGACUGAGUAUGGCCACUACGCGCCCUCACAGGUCCUCGACCGCCGCCUCGAGACUCCCGCCCAUGAACAACCAGAUAGCCGAGCUCCGCAGCCUCGCAGACGAACUGAGCAAAGCCUCUGAAUCCUCCCCGCCCACCUCCCAGGCCCUCCAGAACCAGAGCAAUGCGCUGCGCCGCAUGCGCCAGCUGUUGAUAGAGUCGAAUGACCAGACCCACACCAAGGACGCUUUCCGCCAUGUCCGCGGCUUCGACGUGCUGCUCCUCACCCUCCGCUCCCUCUCUGGCUUCUACAAGCCCGCCGAGCUGUCCACGACCGACCGCAUCGACUUCUUCGAGGUCAUCAAGGCGACGCUGGAUGUGCUGUCAGAUGCACUCAACGAGCAUGCGGGGAACAGGCGCUUCUUUGCGAAGCGGGUAGAAGACGGCGGCUGGGGUGCGCUGGAACAAGCCCUAGGGAGCACAGGGAUUUUUGGCGGGCAGUCCAAGAGCAAGCGGGACGAUGCGGGACAGGAGCAGCUGUUUGGUACCCUGUUCGCCUUUGCUCUGGGUGAAGAGGCUAUGACGCGCAUCUUCCGAGAUAUCGACAACAAGGUUGGGGAGGCCCAAUCAAAGGACAAGUCUCCUGCACCCGACCGUGACCCGCAGGCCCCAACCGAGAUCGUAGUCUCAAGUCCGCGGUCCUUCUACAGCGACUCCGACAUGGAACUGGACCCAUUGCGGGGUCAGGUACGCGGCAUCUUCAGUGGCAAUGAGGUGUUGCAAAAUCCUGACAUGAUUCCCACCAUCCUCCACUUCUGGAAAGGUCUCUCGGGUGAAGAUGCACCGGGCACGAGAUCGAAAGCUCUUUCCGUCUCCGUGCUGCUUGCCAUACUCGAGACCACCACGCUGUCGUCAUACAACAAAUCUGCUCUACAUAUCACCGGUAUACUCAGCUUCAUUCUGCCCCUCCUAUUUGAGAACAAGUGCGCGCCCGUCGAAGCUGGCUUACUGCGGGAGCUGGCCGACAGCCUAGUGCAGUAUGGCAUCAACAAACUCGACGACGCUUACUACCUCUUCCGUAAGGCCGCAACCUCUGACCAAGCUGCUGACUUCCUUCUCCGAGGCAUGCGGGCGUCUCGCAGCCCGCCCUUUAUCCAGUUCGAUUUAUCAUUGCACGGCUUUAGCGCCAUUGAACUUCCAGACAUGGGUCGGCCUUUUCCACCCGUCUCGCCUGGUGGCGGCUACACGUUUGCAACUUGGAUGCGAGUGGACAAGUUCGAUACAAAUUGUCAUACUACCUUGUUCGGUGCAUACGACGACACGCAGACUUGUUUCUUAAUGGCCUAUUUGGAAAAAGAUACCCGUUGUUUCAUUUUACAAACUUACAUGGGCCACUCUACAGGUGUGGUUCCCAGUGUACGCUUCAAGAAGGCCCCUCGCUUCGAGGAAGGCAGGUGGUAUCACAUUGCUAUUGUUCAUCGGCGAGUAAAGGCCAUCGGCAUAGGCACCCCCAAAGCAUCGCUUUUUGUGGACGGCGAGUUCACCGAGACUAUGAAGGCACAUUAUCCAUCGCACCCUCCUGUCCUGGAUAGCAGCCAAGAAAGCUUCGCGUCCAUUUCUUCUACCGCUUCAAAACACCACAUUCUUGCGUUUCUAGGCACGCCUCGAAACCUCGCUCCUCGGUUGGGGAGGAAUGUGCUUGCCUCGAAGUUGUCAGUGGCCUCUUUUCACCUCUUUUCCGAGCCGCUUUCAGAUGAGUUGAUUGCUGUAUACCAUAAACUUGGUCCGCGUUACUGCGGCAACUUCCAAGAUAGGCUCGGUUCCUUCCAGACCUACCGAACCUCUGCCGAGCUCCAUGUGCACAAUGAGAUCUUGCAUCCUGGACGGGAAGAGCGGUCAGAAAUUGUCACGGCGAUUCGUAGUAGUGCAAGCCAACUAAUGCCCGAGUCCAAGAUUUUACUGAGCUUCUCACCUAGCUCCGUCAUGGACGACGAUGAUAGGAAUGCCAUCGAUGAAUCUCAGCUCAUUCGCUCACUAUCAAGAGAAUCAGCGAAGACGCUUCAUAAGUAUACUAGGAUGCACAGCACGCCCAUCAUCAUCAAUGCGGCCGUACCAUCAGUCAACGACGCAUUGUCCCAACCCCGCGGCUUUGGCCGACUAUCUGGUGAUCCAGUUGUCGUUGUCCCACAAUCGCUCGAUGACGCUAUUUGGCGAAUUGGUGGUUGCGUUGCAGUAGGCCUGAAGCUUGUUCAGUCUGCGCAGUCCUUGGACAGCAUGCUCCGUGCCGUGAAUAUAUUACUAGAGGCUGUUGGAGGGAACUGGCGGAACUGCGAGUCUAUGGAGCAACGCAACGGGUUUGCAGUCUUGGCUGAGGUCCUCCGCCAGAAGAUUGGAUUUGCUAUGGGUGGUCUGGUCAUGCGCAACUCUUCAUCGCUUGACGUGACGCCAGAAGAAUGCGAAGCAUUUGUCAUGCAGCUCCUUCUAGUCAUUCUACGUUUUGUCGGAUACGACGAGGAACACCCGACGGAAUCGCUCAUCAUAAACCCGCUUGCGUAUCGAGUCCUUCUCGUGGAUCUCGAGAUUUGGCGCAGAGCUACUUCGUUGGAGACCCAAAAACUGUACUACCUCCAAUUCGUUCAAUUCGCCAAGGGUAGUAAGCAUCAUCACUACAACGCCAAGCGCUUCCAUAGAAUACGGGUCGUUAAACGACUGACUGAUGCCCUCAAGGGCGAGAACUUUACUUCACAGACAUUCAAACUGUUUCUCGAUGCUUUUAAAGCGCUCCUACAGAUCAACUUCAAUGGAGAGAACGCUCGAUCGCUAUCGUUGUUUGUCACCUAUGCAUUGCAUGACAACCGUGCGUCGUACGCCAAACGCACACUCCGACCGAGGGCGAGCGUGCUCCGUCUUCGGAAAGGGACGCCACCCACACUGACGCCCGGGUCUACACCACGAUCUGCCAGUCCCGCACUGAGUGGCACGGAACCUUCUCCUCUUUCGCUACCCGAAUUGGGCAUCGCUGUCCUUGGCCUUUUGUCAGAGAUACUCUGCGAUCCUCAGAAUCCAAGCGAGAUCGUGCGAUUUGCCAAAAACGUCACUGGAAAGUGGCUACUAUAUCUUCUUGCAGAGCCAGACCAGCGAGUCGUCGUGCUAGGUGCAAAGAUAUUGGCUCGACUGCUUGUCCUAAAUGGCCCGCAUUUCGUCAAGAAGUUUGCCGACAAGACUGGGGGCUUUACGUUGAUGAAGAAGAGGCUCCGCCCAUGGUGGAACACACCAGGCAUUUGGACUAUCUGCUUUUCGAUCUUGUUUGACCGCGAUGUGGCCACUAUCGACUUUGAAAGAGAUUUCGAUGUGUUCAAUCUGGUCGACAUAUUUAUUAUGCACUCGCCGCAGCCCAAACUGAGAAUCUGUUAUCCGGAGAUAUUCCCUGUGAUUUUAGCCAUGUUAGAUACGGGAUUGCGUGCGAUUGUCCGAGAUCGAGAUCUAGCGAAGGCGCAAAACACCACUCCGAAUCAUGGGAAUGGUGAAGGCACCGUGACAAGAGGACGAGGUAGAUCUAUGUCCUUGAACGCUAAACAGCCUACAAUUGACAUCAAGGGCCCUCAAUCAGAGCGACUGAAUGACUAUGCUGUUGUUUUGAACUCCGCCAUCCAAUUUCUUUCAGAGCUUCAUUCGCGCUCGGAAAGUUUCCGGGAUUACGCGAGCACAUCCAGCUACGUGCAAGAACUGUUGUUUGUGCUCUACCCAGUCAUCGUCACUUCCGAUAGUGUUAGUGCGGAGACGGAGCUGCUGUCGAGAGGGUCGGCAUUGACGUUCGAAGGCCAGGAUGUUGUGAUUCGACCUCUCUCGCAAGCUAAUGGUCAGGACGCGCCUGUUGUUCGCACUAGCAAUGUCAGUGUCUCACCUGCUCCUUCGGCUCAACGAGUUGCCCCCUUUCGCAGAGCUUCUUCCUUUGUACUCGUGUCUGCCGAAAAGAGGAAGGCUGGCAAGCAACCAUCACUAAACCCAAUUCUGUCACCGAAACAUACUGCUCCAGUAGCAUUGAAAGUUGGUAACUCGGUAGUCGAAGCUAUGUUGGAGGUCGUGUUGGAUGUCUUCAAGGACCAGAUCUUCACGCGCAAAGACUUUCCCGGCCUCGGUCUAUUCCUAAAGACGCCUCCUGGUUUCCAAGAGCACCAGGCAUACUUUGAAUCGUACGUUCUUCGACAAACUUUAUCAUCGGUAAAGAACGCUCUCCAGCUGGACCAAAAGCUCCUCCACGAGCCGCGGGUGCUCACAAACCUCUCGCGAUUUGUGAGCCAUGUGUCUGAAGCCGUCUUUGAGGGAUGGUUCCUUGAUGGUGCCGAACCAUUGCUCGACUUUGCGGGCUUCCUUCUUGAGUACCUGGAGCGGCCCGACAUUGCUGUGAUCAAAUCUGUUAGACUAUGUACGCAGGCGAUCCAAGUCAUUAGAUCAACGUUCAUGAGAGUGGCUCUUCUCCACCUCGCGGAGCCCGAUGACUCUGAAGGCGGAUCACACACCAGCGCUGUCAUCGAGAAAAUGGUGUACUGGCAACCGAUCAUUCUCUCCUCUGCAAAUAAAGAAUCAUUCUCCUUGCAGAUGAUUUGCUACCUCCUCUACGAAAAGCUGUCUUCGGAACACGAGGAGGUGCGGCUGGCUGCAGCGAACUUCUGGCGGUUGCUGUUGGUCCAAAAGCCAGAUGAGACAUCGACGAUUCUCGGCAACGCCACGCAGUCUGACAAGAAGACCCUAUACGAAGGCUUUCAGAAGCUUGUCGAACUUGACAACGAGACCUUUCUGCAAUGGUUUGACAAGAACAAGCAAGACGUUGACAGCUCGUUCUUUGGAACUCUAUCCAAGACUUGGCAGGAUUUUGCAAACGAUCAAAAUAGAAAGACCGAGGAAACAUCACAGAGACGGAUUGCCAAGCGCAAAGAGAAGUUGAAGCAAUGGCAGACCGAAGAAAUAUCGACCGAGAACAUCUGGAACCACCACGAGAACUCUACGAGCCACUGGCGAUCCAAUAUCCACGCCUCGGAGCGGAUCAAGCACCAGCGCGUCCUCCAGGACCAGCAAGAUAAUGCUACCUUUAUAGCAACGGUUCUAGCAAAGCUUGAGCAUCAGCUAAAGGGUCCAUGCGCGCUAUUCGAGGACAGUCCACCCGCCAAGUGGCGCCUUGACGAAACAGAAAGUCGUGAUCGAAAGAGAAUGCGCAUCAUUGUAGACAGCACCAACCGAGACCAAACGUAUCAACCCAAACGCAAAGACACGGAUCCGAGGGAAAGGCUCCGAGUCGACACCACCGUUCCUGUUCUCUCUGUAAAAGAAUCUCUAGGCGUCACCCCUACCGCUGGGCCGUCUACUAGACCGUCUUCCGCUACCAGUACGCAAGACGGCCCGAGGAAUGAUGCGCAAUCAGACAGCGAAGACGAUUUCGAGAUGGUUGAGGCUAUGUACGAGGACGACGACGGCUUCGAGGACAAAAAUCGCAAGGUCAUGAGGAGCCUCAACCGCGGUGACCAGGUGCAAUACGUCUGCAACAUAUCCCGCGUAGUGGGUCUAGAGGCUAUCGAGGGGCUUCUCAUUGUCGGGAAGGACUGUUUAUACCUGCUCGACGACUUCUUCCAAAGGUCUGACGGAGAGAUUGUACGAGUGUGGCAAGCACCACCAGAUGAGCGUGAUCCAUACGUACAGGUGAUUGCUGGCAAGGAGGCGGUCACUAACCGGAGGCCGCCGCCCAGGAACCAAGAAGAGUCUGUAAGAAACUGGAGGUGGAGUGAGGUCAUUAGCAUCUCGAAACGUCGAUUUUUACAUCGAGACGUUGCUAUCGAGGUUUUCUUUGACGACGGGCGCAGCUACUUGUUGACAGCGAUAUCUGCCCAGGCUCGAAACGACAUUCACUCCCGCGUUCUGCAGAGAGCUUCGCACGUUGCCAACCCCGAGAAGCUUACCAACUCCGAAAUCGCCUGGCGUCUCGACUCUCUGCACAACCCGCAAGAGGCUCCACAGACGUUCGGAUCGCGCUUUGCUUCUGCUUUCGGCUCUGCCUCCUCACAUCCAGCUACCAAGAAGUGGCUCAAGGGAGAGUUGUCCAAUUUUCAUUACCUUAUGUUUGUCAAUACGCUCGCCGGAAGGACAUUCAAUGACCUAACACAAUAUCCCGUCUUCCCGUGGGUCAUCUCAAAUUACGAGAGCGAAGAGCUAGACUUGUCCGAUCCGCGUAACUUCCGCGACUUGAGGAAACCGAUCGGCAUCCAAGACCCUAAACAAGAGCGGUCGAUAAGAGAAAGGUUCAGUUCCUUCGCCGAGAUGGGUGACGCCAAUCAUGCGUUCCACUACGGAACACAUUACUCAUCCGCCAUGACGGUGGCCUCUUAUCUCAUGCGACUGCAGCCAUUCAGUGCAGCAUUCUUCCUAAUCCAGGGUGGAACUUGGGAUCACGCAGAUCGCAUGUUCUACUCCAUCCAGAACGCAUGGGAUUCGGCGUCCAAUAAGAACAUGGCCGACGUUCGCGAGCUCACCCCAGAAUUCUUCUUCCUCCCCGAUUUCCUCACGAAUGUUAACGGCUACAACUUUGGCCUCCGCUCCGACAACUCAAGUAUCGAUAAUGUCCAGCUGCCUCCGUGGGCGAAGGGUGAUCCUGCCAUCUUCAUCGCUAAGCAGCGUGAGGCUUUGGAAAGCCCUCAUGUCAGCCAGAGCCUGCAUCAUUGGAUCGACCUCAUCUUUGGAUACAAACAGCGUGGAGAGGCUGCUAUCGAAGCUGCGAAUGUUUACCAUUGGAUGACAUAUCAAGGUGCCAUCGACCUAGACUCGAUCACGGAUGAGAAGGAACGCGCGCAAAAGAUCAGCAUCAUCAAUAACUUUGGGCAGACGUCUACCCAAGUGUUCCAGCGGCCGCAUCCUCAAAAGGAGAACCUAGCCAAGCCCACGAAGCUGGAUACCUCAGCGGAGAGCUUGCAUCGUGUGCCGGGCACGCUCCUUGAAUCGAAUGACCGCAUUUCGUCGCUCAACUACAUCGUCAAGAGUGAUAAGCUUCUGUGCUCUGCGCCCUUCCGGCAUAAUAUCCCUCCUUACUACGAUCGCUACAUGGAGUGGGGUUUCACAGACGGCAGUGUUCGCUUCUACGACUCGCAUUCGAAGAAACUGCUCGGAUUAUUCGAGCAUCUCCACUCUGGACAGCUAACAACCUCUCUCUUCGUUGACGGCCAGACGCUCAUCACGGCUGGCACCGACUGCACACUUGCGAUCUGGAACGUGACUCGAGGCGAGCGAGGACAGAUGGAGCUGCAAAACGCCACGUCGCUAUUUGGCCACAAAUCACCCGUCGUCACACUUGCCGCCAGUGGCGCCUUUUCCUCCUUCCUGUCGGCCUCGCUAGACGGCCGUGUCUUCCUGUGGGAUUUGAACCGCUCCGAGUUCGUCCGCGAAUUAGACCUCGGUGCUAGGCAAAAGCGCAACCCGGUUCCGAUUCAGGCUGCUAGAAUUAACAGCGUCACAGGGCAUAUUGUGCUUGCGUGCGGGCAUCGGUUGAUCGUUACAACGCUAAACGGAACGGUGCUGCUCGAUGAAGACGUGUGCGAUAGCGAAGACGAUGCAGAAGGCAUCACAGCCGUGGCAGUGUACGAGGGCGUGGGCAACGAGUGGUGUGAACGCGAACUCAUCUUCACGGGUCAUCGGAGGGGCGUCGUCAAGAUUUUCCACCUCGCCACCACGCCCUAUCCGCUAUCGAGCUCUUCACAUACUUCGCAGCCUGGCCAAACACCCCAGUGGUCUAUUUUCCUCGUCAACGUGCUUAAUCAUGGCGAUCCGACGAAUCCUAGCCCCGCGGCGCCUAUCACGUGUAUUUUGCCGAUGCCGCUUAACGUUUACACGGGGGAUGAGGAUGGGAAAGUGUACGAAUGGGACUGCGUGCACCGGCAGCACUGAUCUACCCUAAUUGAGAGUGGGCGAAAAGACAGCGUGGGCUAGCUGGCUAUGAAUUGACCACAACAGAGUAUGUAGACUUUGUGUUUUGGCGCUUAGCAUAUCGAUCUUGUAGCUGGGUUUGCUGGUAUUCGAGCUACAUUUGGAGAAAUGAAAUCAAAUGUUGGGAGAAGUGAUGCACGUCAUCUUCCUCAAUCCACUUUUUCUCCUAAAUCCUGCGCCCUUUAUGCUCCGGUUUAGUGUAAAGAAGCCUGCCCCCUAAUAACAUGACGUGAGAAGAUUUGGCUUAUUAGAACACAUAAUGGACUCGAAAUUCGGUCCGAAUGGAAUCACC